ACUCCGGUAUAGAUAUCAAUUCAUUACAAACGUAUUCUCCUCAUGAUUUUCUACCUAUCUUUAAGGCAAAAAACAAAAACCAACUUCAGAAAAUUAUUCAUUCACUCGGAAUUCAUUUAAACGCCGCAAAGAUUCUUUCACGUUAUAAUAAUCCAAUACCUUUACGGUGGUUCCUUCAAAGUGCAAAAAAUUAUACUAUGCAAAAACAAUUAUGUAUUCAAUUAUCACGAAGGACAAAUGAUUUUGAAGUUGAUGGGGAGCACUUUGAAAAUGAAAGUGAAUGGAUCCAAUUGUUAGAAGACAUGAAGAUAUUACAAGGUGAUGGUAGAGGUGUCUUAGGGGAAAUAUCUAUUGAAGGAAUUUAUGAAAAUUUCAUAUCUGGACUUCUGAAAUUCAGAUUGGCGCGUGAAAUCCUUUUGCCAACCGAUGAAUCGCAUCCUUUAAAAAUGGAUAUAACAGAAAAACUAGUUAUCAAUGCAUCAAGAGAAUUUUUCGAUAACGCUACCUCAGGAAAUAUGAAUCAUGCAGAGAUUGAAUUGAUUGAGGCAACACAUGCUUUGUCAGAAAAGAAAAUUUGUUACCAACCUGGAGUACCAAUACAUCCAUUGCACAUACGCAUUUCACCAAAUCGGUUGGACUUUAUAGAUCGUUUAUUGAGUACAUAUGAAGAUGCUUACCGUGACCCAAACUCAAUUAUAAAACUUGCAACAAAACUUGGUUAUCGAAAUGAUAAAGUUGCUGAAGUCAAAGUAAUGGCCAUGCUCGCAGAUGCCGCAUUACGUGAUAAUAAUUUUGUUACUGCAUACGACACGUGUGUCGAUUUAGUGAAUGUUAUCAAAGCUAUGGCGAGUGCUAAUAAAGGUGAUAACGAAAAUACAGAACUAGCUUUAGCCAAUGAUGCUGCUUGGAGAAUAUGUUAUGAGGUUGCCAAACAGGAAAAUUAUAGAGACUUAGAACAACAAAUGACACUUAUGGGAUACGCCUUAUCAUUGUGUCCAAGUGAUCAAAUUGCUGAUUUAUUAAAUUUAUGGAGAAAAUUAGAUGAAGAACAACGUUCAGCUCGAACUCUUAAGGCCAAAACGAAUCUACCGGAAAAAUCUGUAUCAGAAAAAGUCAAGCCAGCUGUAGAACGUGUUGAAUCUGUUCUAAUGACUCCGCUAUUUCAAGGGGAUCGUCUUAAAAAUUUGGUUAGCAGUUGGCUAGGGUCAGGAUUCUAA